AUGGCUCCGAAAGGUGUUAGACACAAGUACUCGCUGCGCGAGAAGAACUGGUUACAACUCGAUCUCAAAGAGGAGGAUGCUACACCCACCAAAUCCACCACAUCCGCUCCACCUACCUAUUUAACCAAGAUCAAUAUUUCCAAAUUCCCUGUUGCCCAGGAAUGGGAGAAAAUCGGGGAUGCAAAGCGAGAGCAAGUUGCCAAAUAUCGAGCCUGA